AUGGCAAAUCCUCUCGCCACCCAGGCUGUUUUACAGCUGAUGGCUGAUGCCAUCCCAACUCAUCCAUCCGGAGACACCACCUCAGACGUCAGCAGCUCGUAUGAGCUCCUUGCCCUCCUCACACAUGCCUCAAUGUCAGCCCUCAAGUUUCGGCUGCUCGGCUUUGACGAAGAGAAGAGGAUAGAGGAGGAAAUUCAAUUACACGCACCCCGCUUGCCAUCAUCAUGGAACGCCGGCUUUGGCUCUCUCAGCUUCGUUUAUGCCCACAAGCAAACCUCCAUGACUGAUCUGAUCAACAUCACGCGCAUGGGUGCCAAGGCCGAGAUUCGCGGACUGGCCGUCGGCCACGACAUCAUUCACCGUUUCGAGCUGACACCGCGUGACUACAUCGAGUCCUCCAAGCUCCCCAUCCGCAUCACAUUGCGAGAAGAUGGAUCCGAAGACAGGUCAGACCUUCCGGAUAAGAUCAAGAGCGCCUUCAAGUCCGAGGCUCUGAUCGAGGAGCUCAUUGAGCGCUUCAAGAGCAGCAUCGUCCAGAAGCUCGUGCCAAAGCUGCAGGCCGAGGGCUACGAAGAAACGCCCGACGACCGCGACGCGAGACAGAACGCCGAACAAGAGGGUCGUUCUCAGGCCGGAAGAGAGCCGGGGAGGCCCUUUGCUGGCGACAGGCCGCCACAGCCAGGACAUCCCUACCCACUGUACGAUCCCCUCGCGGGCGCGCACCCGCCUCAUCGGCCGCUGCCGGCUGGCGAUUUUCCGCCGCCGGGGUUUGAGGACGAGCACGAGAUCAACAGACCACCUCGCGGGAAUCCCUUGGGCAUGCCUGGCCGCUCCCCCUUCAACAUCGGCCACGAUGACCUGAACCCGCCCGGUUUGGGACCACAUGAUCCCUUGCGACCAUCAUUCAUCGGAGGAGGAUUGCCGCGGCCUGGUGGUGGUGGAGGUAUGCACCCGACGUUUGACGAUCCGCUGUUCGGCGGGCAGGGUGGCCAGGGAGGUUUCGAUCCACAGGCACCACCUGGUGCGAGGUGGGAUCCCAUCGGACCAAGCGGAGGCAUGCCGCGGCCGGGAGGCGGUCGGGGCGGCAACCCGUUUGGCGGCGGAGGCUACGGAGGCGGGUUCGGGGGAGGUUAUGGAGGCGACAUUAUCUAA